CUUUCCGGUGGGUAUCAUCCAGAUGUCUCGGCUCAAAAUCCUCGCACUUCCCUGAUAUCGUCUGUCAGAAUUCCCAAUCAUGUCAUGGCAUCACAACAAUGCCGAUAAUGCAUCGGGUACCGGAAACUUGCUUUCAAACUACGCAUCUUCUGGAGGCCAAUCCUGGUUUCAGAGCGUCGGUACACAACCCUUCAGUCGCAGCAACCGCACAAUCGACACUAGCGGAGCAUCGGGUCUUGUACCAACGUCAUCAAUGAAUGUUGGUGAUGGGAUCCAGAAGGACAAUACUUUUGGACUGUCUAAACUCAUGGAACGUUUGGGUGACAACGACAAAGUGAAAGUAAAGCGAAAUAUCGUCGAGUUCCGCCGACAGCAAUGCAACGACUAUUUUAGAGGUCCACAAUGGCAGUCCAACCCCGGCGGUUUUCCUGAACAGGCUUUCCGAUUAACGGAGGACUUGACUCGAGCGCGCUUCACUCUUCACUGGACGGUUCUAACAGAAACCGAUCCGGACGAGAUCUUCGAAACGAUAAAGCAGAUCAAGUCCGCUUGCUUGUGCUCGCAACAAAGAAUCCCGGUCGUGCGGGCUAUCGUCGAGGGGAAAAAUCAACACCAUGCUUGCUUCUGCGGGAAGCAUAAGUUGCCUGUCCAGCAAGAGUUAGACGAAGCGAACUGGAUGACCGUGCUUGAUAACAUAUGCAACACGUUCGAGAACCACUGCACCGCGAUACUCACGAACGCUAUCGCGGACGCCACUGCAGCUCAGGCCGAUGAUAGUUUCAGCGCGAACGCAGACCGAUAUUCCAUCGCGGAACCUCACCAACAGCUAAGCGGCUACGACGGCAACAGCAGAUCGCACACCAACUCUGGUGGAGUAUCGUCUUGGCAAGACUCCCUCAACUACAACCAAUUUCUAUCGCCCAAUCAGUCCUCCUUUCGAUCUUUCCCUUCAAUUCCCUCGCCAUCCGGUCAUCAGUCUGAAAGCGACAUGCUUCAUAGCACAGUGCAGCUGGUGGAACGGUUGCUGGAAAGCUUGCCGAAUAAAGCAAAGGCUCUGUCUCUGAAAAUCGAAAGCAAUCCGCAGAGCUUUGAUCCACAGAGCUCAAUCAUCUUUCCGCUCAGAACCUAUAAAAACACGUUGGAAAAGGCGAAAAGAGAUUGGUCAGGGACGGAGCCCUUUUCACUGGAAUACCAACUGUCCAGAGCUUAUGGUUUCUUGCGGACUAUACUCAAAGCCGCAUUCGAUGUCGAAGCAGCGAGACUCGGCAACCGCAGUGAUUCCAGCACUAUGCGUCAAGCUUGCAGCUGUGUGAAGCAAGCGAUCAUAGCCAUCUGCAGGAACACUUCUUGCCGCGACGGGUCUCACCAUUGUUUCGUACAUAGCUGCAGUUGUGACCCAUUGAAACCCCAUCACGUAGAACGCAGGGUUUACAGUGCAGACGAGGGCAGCAAAGCGAUCGAAGAGUACAUCGGAAUGUUUCAGCGUUUGUGGAAGUCUGAGGACCUCGAAGGAGAGUCGAUCUUUGAUCCACCGACUUGAACACCGGCUCCUUUCGGCUGUCCAGUGUAGAGUUUGCCCCAUCACUUGUAUCUCGCUCCAGUUCCAUAUCAUAGAGAAGAAAAUCUUUCUGUUCAGGCCCUUGCAAUAGCUAGCUGAAGCGGACUUCGUAAAUUGUCAUAAGGUCAUGCUGAACGCCAAAAUU